AUGUUUAGUGAACAACGUGAAACUUUAACAGAUUUGGAGGACAAUAAUCUAACUGAAAAACCCGAUGAAAUCGAAAAGGUUUCAUCAAAUGAAGAUGUUUCCGAUAAUGUUGCAAAAACAGAAAAAGUUCCUUUAGACAAAGAUGAAAAUUUAAGUUCCAAGGAAUUUGAUGAAGAAACUAAAAUCGAAGACGAAAUUGAUGAGGAUUCAGAAAAUGAUGACAAUCUAUCUACAAAAGAUGAUGAUGAUUAUGAUGAAGAUGAUGAAGAAGAAGAACCAUUACAAAAAGUUGACGAUUCUCAAGCAACUUUUAAACUCAAUCGCGAUAGCUUGAUGCAAAUGGAAGAAGACAUGGCUUUUGGAUCAGAUGUUAUUUUAACUGAAGAUGAAAAGAAAGUGAAUGAUACACUUAUGGACGCAAAAUUCAAGGAAUUUGAAAUAGGUUUCGCCGACGAGGGCAAGUUCCUCCCGAAAUCUAAUUUCCUUCGAGUGAAGGAUGAAAUAGAAAAGUCAAAGGUUUUCAAAAUGUUGCAAAAAAUGCCAAAAGGGUGUCUAUUGCACGCACACGAUGUUGGCACAGUUUCACAAGAAUAUGUUUUGCGCAAUGUGACAUACCGCCCGAAUCUUUACGCCUGCCAAUCGGAUGGAAAAUUAAAACUUCGAUUUUUCGAAAUUCCUGACAGUAAAUGCGACUGGAAAUUGUUGAGCGAAUUGCGUGCGACACCUGAAAGGGAAAAGGAAAUUAAUCAACGGAUUCGUCAACACAUGUCCAUGAUGACUGAAAAUCCAGAAGAAGCCUAUCCAGACGGGGACAAGGCUUGGAUUAAGUUCCAAAGUCUUUUCGAAUUCCUCGGCUCUUUUAUGAGAUAUCGACCGGUUUAUGAAGACUAUUACUAUCAGUUGAUGCAGGAAAAUUACGACGACAAAGUAUUGUACAUUGAACUGAGAGUAAGUUUGCCGAAAAUUUACGAAUUAAGUGGCAAACUGUACAAACCAAUAGAAGUCGCCAAAAUCAUUAAGGAUGUAGUAGACAGAUUUGUUGAAGAACACCCAGAUUUUGUAGGAGUUAAAAUUAUCUACUCCAAACGACGACUCAUCACUAAUGAAGAAUUGCAGAAAUAUCUGAAGCAUUUCGAACAAUUGAAAGAUGUUUAUCCUGAUUUUGUAGCAGGAUUCGAUCUCGUUGGUCAAGAGGAUAAGGGACUUCCAUUGAAGAAUUUCACAAAACAAUUGGGAUCGUUAAGAAAUGAAUACCAAACUUUCUUUCACGCAGGCGAAACCGAUUGGAACGGUCUCAGUACAGAUGAAAAUCUAAUAGACGCUGUUUUACUAAAUACGAAAAGAAUUGGACACGGUUACGCUUUGCCGAAGCAUCCAAAAGUGAUGGAACUUGUGAAGAAAAAGGACAUUGCAAUAGAAGUGAAUCCAAUUUCUAAUCAAAUUUUGAAUCUAGUCGCAGACCUCCGAAAUCAUCCAGCGAGUAUUCUGUUUGCAGAAAACUACCCUGUAAUUGUGGCUUCCGAUGAUCCGGGACUUUGGGACGCAAAGGGUUUGAGUUACGAUUUUUACGAAGCCUUCAUGGGAAUAAUGUCGCGAAAAGCCGAUUUAAGAUCUCUAAUUAAACUCGGACAUAAUUCGAUUAGAUACAGUGCAAUGAAUGACGAAGAAAAGGAAAGAGCUUUUAAUAUUUUCGACAAUCAGUGGUCGGAAUUUGUUGAGGAUUUCGAUGAAAUGGAUUAUUAAUGUUUGUUAAAAUGUUAG